UCGUUUCUUCCUGGCAUCAUCCAUCCCCCACCUCUCAGUCUCUUCUUCCUCUUCUUUUUCUUAGUUCUUAGCCUCUCCGUCUUUGUAACAUGCGCCUUAUUUAUUAGUAGUAGUAGUUUUAAGUCACCCAAUAAUCCCAUACCCAAAAGCCAAUUUUUCCCCCUUCCCAUCAAGCAACAAUAACCCUGUUUCAACAAUCCAUUUUUAUAAAUUUUGUCCGUUUCCUUGGACAUUUUCUCUGCUAAAUCUUGCGGAUUCUGAGCAAUCUGGGAAAGGCCCUUUUGUUCACUGUUUCAGUGAAGAAGGGGUUUUGUAAUAAAGAGAAAAUCCAAGCCCCAUCAAAAAAUUGCAAGACAGAGAAAAUCCAGAAAAGGGAACAAAAGAAAAAGGAAAGGGAAAACAUAGCAAAAGACUGGGCGGAGGAAUUGUAGCUCGCUGCCAGCACCAGAACCUUCCACCACCACCUGCGAAUCUUCACCGAGAGAGAGCGCUGAAUAAAGAGCAGAUUUAAAUUCAUCAUGGGCAGCGAUAGGAGUAGCAGAAGCAGGAGGGAAAUAUCCUCAUCCAAGUCCAGUCAUAGGCAUAAACAGAGCCAACGGCAUCAGUCUGAUGCCCCAGAAUCGGAGACUAAGCGUUCCUUUGCUUCCGCUUCUGAAUCGGCUUCAGCUUCUGAUUCUGAUAGCCGUGAUGAAAGACGAAGGCAGAGUCGAAGUAGGCACUGUCGUGGCAGUGAUGAUGACAGACGUCAAAAGAAGAAGAGAAAAAUCACUGAGGACGAUAUUGCCGAGUACUUGGCAAAGAAAGCCCAAAAAAGGGCAGCAAAAGUUGCAAAGAAAUUGAAGGCCCAGAAUAUUUCUGGAUAUGGUAAUGAUUCAAAUCCAUUUGGAGAUUCCAAUCUAAAUGAAAGAUUUGUGUGGCGAAAGAAGAUUGAACGCGAUAUCACCGAAGGCAUGCCACUUGAAACGUUUUCAUUAAAGGCAGAGAAAAAGAGACAGAGAGAAAGAAUGGCAGAGAUUGAAAAGGUGAAGAAAAGAAGGGAAGAAAGGGCUAUCGAGAAGGCACAGCAUGAGGAAGAAAUGGCAUUAUUAGCAAGGGAACGUGCUCGAGCUGAAUUUCAAGACUGGGAGAAGAAAGAAGAAGAGUUCCAUUUUGAUCAAAGCAAGGUUAGGUCAGAGAUACGGUUGCGAGAAGGCCGCACUAAGCCGAUUGACAUUCUUACUAAGCAUCUCAAUCCUUCAGAUGACUUGGAUAUAGAAAUAAAUGAACCAUACAUGGUCUUCAAGGGUUUAACUGUAAAAGAAAUGGAAGAACUUCAUGAAGACAUUAAAAUGCAUCUCGACUUGGACAGGUCAACGCCAACACAUGUCCAGUAUUGGGAGGCACUGCUGGUGGUUUGUGAUUGGGAACUAGCUGAAGUUCGGAAAAAGGAUGCUUUGGAUCGAGCCAGAGUGCGUGGAGAGCGACUACCUCCUGAGUUACUUGCUGAAGAGAGGGGAAUGCAUUCAAGCAUUGAGGCAGAUGUCAAGAGGCUCCUACAAGGGAAAUCCUAUGUCGAACUAGAAGCUCUACAGUCUCAGAUUGAGGCACAGAUGCAGUCUGGUACAGCUAAGGUGGUUGAAUAUUGGGAAGCUGUUCUUAAACGUCUCCACAUCUUCAAGGCUAAGGCUUGUCUGAAGGAAAUCCAUGCCAAAUUGCUACGCAAGCAUUUACAGCGCCUUGAGAAACCUUUGGAAGUUGGAGAUAGUGAAAGAGAGUUAACUCCACAACCUGACGAGGAAGAUGCUGGUAGUGAUGGAAAAGAUGCUGAAACACUCUCUCCUGAACCUAUAGUGCAUGAAGACACUCCAGAGUUGGAUGAAGAGGCUGGAUCAUAUUCGCCGCAGUUGAUUCAUGGUGAUGAAAAUGAAGAAGCAAUUGACCCGGAAGAGGAUAGGGCUGUACUGGAGAGGAAGCGUAUGGCUGUCUUGGAAGAAAGGCGUCUCCAAGAAUUGACUGUAAGACCUACUCCUCCUGAGGAUAAUUUCGAGAAGAAAGCCAUGAAAGCAAUGGGAGCCAUGGAGGAAGGUGAUGCAGUAUUUGGCUCGAAUGACGAAAUAAAUCUUGAUUCACAGGUCUAUUGGUGGCAUGAUAAGUACCGACCAAGAAAGCCGAAGUAUUUCAAUCGUGUCCACACUGGUUAUGAGUGGAAUAAAUACAAUCAAACCCACUAUGACCACGAUAACCCGCCCCCGAAGAUUGUACAAGGCUACAAAUUCAACAUUUUCUAUCCAGAUCUUGUUGAUAAAGGGAAGGCUCCAACUUAUGCCAUCGAGAAGGAUGGCGAUAGUUCAGAGACCUGCAUCAUCAGGUUCCAUGCAGGGCCACCUUAUGAAGACAUUGCAUUCCGGAUAGUUAACAAGGAAUGGGAGUAUUCACACAAGAAAGGGUUCAAGUGCACAUUUGAACGUGGAAUACUGCAUUUGUACUUCAACUUCAAACGAUAUAGAUACCGGAGGUGAUCCCUUGGCUGUGUAUUUGGAACAAGAAAUGCUGCAUCAUAUAAUUUUCAUUUUCUUGAAAAUUUUGUAGUACCAUUUUUGGUUUUACAUGUUUUUGCCAAAGAGUAAAUAUUGAUCUGUCUGAAAAGUGUAGAAGCUGAAUGUUUAAUAUUGGUUGUAAAACACAGUAUUAGAAAGUUACCAUUGCAAUUUAUUUUCUUCACGAAUCUCCUUUUACGAAGGAUUUGGUGGCAAUCCCCUUUUUGUAUCAGCUUGGAGGUCUUAC